AUGACACUUGAAAUGCCACAGAACGUAGAUUCUACGUUCUGCAGCAUUUCAGGGUUAGGGAACGGAGGAGCGGCUUUUCAAGCCGCUUGCUCCGUUCCUUUUCGUUCCCCAGCCCCCAGGCAACGAGCAGGGGCUGGGAACGAGUGGCCCCUGAGGCGCGAUCGCCCAGGGGCCCCAAGGCAGCAGCAGGCACGUGCAAUAUAUGUGCCCUGCUGCUGCCUGCACUUUCAGAACGGAGGAGCGACUUGUAAAGUGAAGAACAAGGGGCCCCUGGGUCGCGAUCGCCCAGGGGCCCCUAGGCAGCAGCAGGCACGUGAAAUCUACGUGCUCUGCUGCUGCCUGCACUCUGUGAACAGAGGAGCGGCUUGUAAAGCUGCUCGCUCUGGGCCCCAAAGGCAGCAGCAGCACGUGCAAUGGACGUGCUAUGCUGCUGCCUGCACUUCCUGGCCGCUAAGCUCCGCCCCUUUUACCGGAUCAUCAGAAGAGGACGGUGCCAGCUCUGCCUGCAGCUCUCCUGGACGAUCUGGACCCUACUACACCCAGCUGUGCGAUGGUGUUGUUCCCCUGUUUCUGUCUGUAAAACUUAUUUGGCCAUGCUAA